AAAAAUAUGGGAAAAAAUGAACAAAGGGAGGAAAUUCUAAUAAUUUCAAGUCCUUCAAAUCCACAGAAAAUGGAUGAUCAUCAUGUUGUGGCUUUAGAAGUUGAAGUUCCUGAAACUCUUCAUCAAGUUGGAACAGAUUCAUGGUUUCAAGUGGGAGUUGUUUUGAGCACUGGUAUCAACAGUGCCUAUGCACUAGGAUAUGCUGGCACAAUCAUGGUUCCUCUUGGCUGGACUGGUGGUGUCAUUGGUCUUGUUUUAUCAACACUCAUUUCAUUAUAUGCAAGUACUCUUAUGGCCAAGAUUCAUGAAUAUGGUGGAAAAAGACAUAUUAGAUACAGAGAUCUUGCAGGAUUUAUGUAUGGUCGUACAGCUUAUGUAAUUGUAUGGGCAUCGCAGUAUGCUAAUCUUUUCUUGAUAAAUAUUGGAUUUAUCAUUUUAGGUGGACAGGCCUUAAAGGCUUUCUAUCUUCUCUUUAAGGAUGAUCAUCGGAUGAAGCUAGCAUAUUUCAUCGCGAUUGCUGGAUUAGCAUGCGUGCUAUUUGCCAUUGCUGUUCCUACCUUGUCAUCGUUACGAGUUUGGCUGGCGAUUUCAUCUGUAUUCAGUCUAAUUUAUCUCACUAUAGUCUUUGUGUUAGCUCUUAGAGAUGGUAUCAAUUCUCCUCCUAGAGACUAUAGUAUUCCGGGAUCGAAAAUAAACAGAGUUUUUACAACUGCUGGUGCAGCUGCAAAUCUUAUUUUUGUAUUCAACACAGGAAUGAUUCCAGAGAUCCAGGCAACUGUGAGAGCACCUGUUGUGGACAACAUGUUGAAAGCCCUGUAUUUUCAGUUUAGUUUAGGAUCUGUGCCUGUUCAUGCUGUUACUUAUGUCGGAUACUGGGCGUAUGGAUCCAGUUCAACGUCCUAUUUGCUCAACAAUGUCAGCGGUCCAGUUUGGGUUAAGGCACUCGCCAACAUUACUGCAUUCUUGCAAGCCAUCAUAGCUUUACAUAUAUUUGCAAGUCCAACGUAUGAGUACUUGGAUACCAAAUACGUGAUUAAAGGAAGUGCACUUGCUAUUCGGAACCUGGCAUUCAGAGCUCUAGUCAGAGGAGGUUAUCUCGCGCUUACUACUUUCCUAUCUGCUCUAUUACCUUUCUUGGGAGAUUUCAUGAGCCUUUCUGGUGCUAUCAGCGCGAUUCCACUCACGUUUAUUCUUCCUAACCACAUGUAUAUAAUUGCCAUGAAAAAUAAUCUGUCUUCACUACAAAAGAGUUGGCAUUUGCUCAACGUUAUCUUUUUCAGUGUCGUAGCUGCUGCUGCCUUAGUAGCUGCUUUCAGGCUUAUAGCAGUGGACUCGAAAACUUACCACACGUUUGCUGAUUUGUAACUUCCUGUGUAAUAAUAUCAAGGGGAAUGUCCCUCGUCUAAUUCAUCUA